UUGGUUGAGAAUGAACUUGCAACGACACUCUUACGCGGAGAUUUCAAGGAGGAAGACUCGGUCAUCAUUGAUGCUGAUGUAUCGACCAAUGACCGACCUCCCCAUAAGAGAUUGAUCAUCAAGAAGCUGGGGAGUACUUCUGAUAUGGGUGCCAUGGUUGUCAAUGACUGA